AUGAACGGCUAUUAUCCCGAUUGGUCAGCCUGGUAUCUUGCGCCUGAAGAUGUAGACUUUACAAAGUUCGACGUCAUCGACUUUGCUUUCGCUCUGCCGACCGCAGAUAACGGUCUUCAAUUCACGCAAGACACGUCCUCUGAUUCACUCAGAAGACUGGUCACAACGGCUCAUGCGGCUGGGAAAAAAGUCAAACUGUCCAUUGGUGGAUGGACAGGUUCACAGUAUUUCUCCACCAUCGUUUCUCAAUCUUGGAGCACUACUGCGUUCGUCAACAACAUUUUGGAGGCAUACCACGAAUAUGACCUGGACGGGAUUGACAUUGAUUGGGAGUACCCCGGUGUUCAAGGAGCUCCGGGAAACGCAGUCUCACCAAAUGACGCUGCAAACUUCCUCAACUUUUUGCAGAUUCUCCGGGCCACACUGCCUUCGGAUGCUUUGAUUUCCCUUGCGACUCAGGUCUGGCCCUUUGCUGGACCGGAUGGGAACCCUUUGAGUGAUGUCAGUGGAUUCGCAGACGUCAUUGAUUGGAUCUUGAUCAUGAACUAUGAUAUCUGGGGAUCAUCUUCGACACCUGGGGCCAACGCGCCACUCUCCAACGGCUGCGGCAACUCGUCUCAACCGCUAGCCAAUGCUUAUAGUGCCGUGGCAUCUUGGGAAGCAGCCGGCAUGCCAGCCAACAAGAUCACGCUGGGUGUCCCUGCUUACGGGUACUUGCAAAUGUCUUGGGCUACGCGUCUUCAAGAUCGAAGCUUGCCUCACAAAGAAUACGCUGCCCGUGAUUACCUGACCAUUCAGAACGAUAAUGGUGGCACGGCAGAUGGGCAAGUUAUGUUCGAGUCCUUGAUCAGUCAAGGUGCUUUGGUCUUGGACAGCGCUGGUGAUUAUGUCGGAGGUGGCGGCUUCUUCCGUGUAUGGGAUGAAUGUUCCUCGACCCCCUUCCUCAAGUCAUGGGACUCGGGUCAAAUCGUCACGUAUGACGACCCUCAAUCUGUCUCUUUGAAAGGACAGUUCGCAGCUCAGGCAGGCAUCAAAGGAUGCAAUAUCUUCAGUAUAGAUGGAGAUUGGACUGGAUCGUCUUGGCCACUUACCGAUGCCGUGAGGAGCGGCAUGGGUCUCGAUUGA